GCCUCAUUUGUGAAGAGAAUUAAAAUAUCGUGCCUACAAAAAAGUUCUAAGAGCAUAUUGUUCACUUAUAUCGCGCAUUCUUUGGAAAAGUGAAAUCAUGCCGAUCAAAUAUUCAUUGGUUGUUCCAACUUACAAGGAGAGUGGAAACAUUAGGCCACUUUGCCAACGUGUCUUCCAAGCGCUUGAGAAGGAUGGCUUCAAGAGCAGUGAAGUAGAAAUGAUUAUUGUUGAUGAUAACUCACGUGACGGCUCUGUUGAAAUCGUUGAUGAAUUGAAGAAGGAGGGAUUUAAUGUCCGUAUCGAUGUGCGCACCACUGAGCGUGGCCUCAGUAGUGCUGUCAUUCAUGGGUUGAAAAAAUCGGCUGGUGAUUUUAGGCUUGUAAUGGAUGCAGAUUUGCAACACCCGCCAGAAUUCGUACCUGCAUUGUUUAAGUGUUUAGAGGAAGAUAAUAAUCAAUUUGUGUGCGGAACGCGCUAUGGAGUGGGCGCAACGAUUGACAAAGAUUGGCCCCUUCAUCGUCGUAUAAUCUCAUCCACCGCCCGUUUUAUGGCCCGCCCUCUAACAGCACUUUCAGAUCCAAUGUCUGGAUUCUUUGCGAUCCGAAAGGAAUGCUUUGAGUUGGGGCUCAAAGAUGUUGACCCCAUUGGUUACAAAAUUGCAUUGGAACUUUUUGUGAAGUGCCAUGUAGCUAAGCACGGCGAGGUACUCUUUAACUUUUCAACGAGAAAAUUUGGAGAGUCAAAGCUUACAGGUAAAAUAUUCACUGACUACCUGAAGCAUUUGCAUAGACUUUAUUCCUACAAAUAUGGGGUUGUGUACUAUUCCGUUUACUUCAUGUGUGCAUUGCUCGCAUUCCAAGGAAUGCGUGGAGUCUAUAAUUAUUUUUUUUUGAAAAAUCAUGCUAGCUAACGACAUCGUUAUCUCCCUUCGCCGCCCACAAAAAAUACCAUGUAGGUAUAUGAAAAGAUUUACAUAUACAUAUAUGUAUGUUUUUUCUCUAGAAAUAACAAGAUCAAUUUAUUUUAUGUUUUCCCCUGUGUUAGGGCUCUGAUGGCGAAAAUUAGGAUCAUCCCACAUUCAAAAGACUUAAGCAGGUUCUACACGACCCUGAUCCCUUGGUCUAAAUCGGUGCACCUAAUCUAUCUACUGGUCAAUACAUAAUUUAGUGCUCGAUAUGUUGGAUUCUUGUGUGCAUGCUAAUAAUCAUUUUGAUGUGUCUGAUGUAGUACCAAAACACUUAUUAUUAUGAUUUCACUUGGCGUA